AUGCCCAGAACACAAACCAUCCAAGUCCCCCACCUCGGCGGCAUCUCCGUCGGGUACGCCCUCUCAGGCGACAAAUACGACCCCUCCAAGCCCACCUGCGUACUCAUCAACUCGAUGUGCAUGACGGCAGCGCUAUACAACGACCAAUUCAACGACGCCGCCUUAACAGACGCAGUCAAUCUUCUCGCCAUCGAGCCAUUGGGCCACGGCGCCACGAGCUGCGCCACUGAGCACUUCACCUACUGGGACACGGCCAUCAUGGCGCUGCAGGUCCUGGAUGCCCUAGGGAUCGAGAAGGCAUUUGCGCUCGGAACGAGCCAGGGUGGGUGGAUGGUUACGCGGAUGGCCCUGCUGGCGCCGGAGCGGAUCCUCGGCCUGAUCCUCCUCGGCACAUCGCUGGACUCCGAGUCCGCGGACUCACGGAGAAAAGGAUGCUGGGAUCCGCUGCCGCUGCUGAAGCCGUUCUUCGACGGGUGGACGAGCGAUGCCCCGACGCCUGAGUUCGUCGUCGAGGCGGCCUGGUGUAAGAUGGUUGGGGCGAUGGGGUUCGGCGCCUUUGCGACCGAGGAGCGGGUUGGUUUCUGGACCAAGACGCUGCAGGAGGUUUAUCGGGGGGAUGAGGGGCGCAGGAAAGUGCGCAUGGCGCUGAACUGUCUGCUUGAGCGCGAUGGGUUGUUGUUGAGGCUUGGGGAUGUCAAGUGUCCGGUUUCCUGGCUGCAGGGCACCGACGAUACACCCUUUGGCUCGACUGUUCAGCCAGAGCAGAUUCGGCUUUUCACUCGGUCCAAGGAGGCGAAGCUGGAGAUUAUCGAGGGGGGUGCGCAUUAUCUCAAUGCUACGCACCCAGAGAAGAUCAACCAGACUAUUUUGGCCAUGGUCAGGAAGUAUGGCACGCAAUGA